CGCAGUGCAAAAUCAGUUGCGGCAACAAUCGGUGUUGAUCUUUCCAACAUUCGCAAUGAAUGCGCCAUGUCAGCUGUGGCUACAUCCAGUUUAGACGGUUUCUCCGUCGAUGCAGCUGCGCUCGUGGAUAAUCCGCGGCAGGUAGCUGGAGCGUUUCGCCGAGACGGACUCGUGAAAGUCAAGAGGAUCUUGCCAGCAGAUGUCGCAGAGGCUGUUUGCAAGCGUGUGCACGAAGAACUUGCAUCUCGAAGGGCUGAAGGUGAUAGCACAUAUUUUGGCGAUGUCUAUGGGUAUGAGGACACUGGGCAGCGGUGGGAUUUGAAACUCCGGCUUUCCUCUGAGGUCAAAGAUGCAUUGAGGAUUUUGCUGGAGUCCUUGCAGGGAGUGCUGGAGUCGCUGCGCCCUUCUUGGCAGCUCACUGAACUCGCCGCAAUGUGCACUUUUCCAGCUGAUCCAGGGCAGCCAGUACAUGCCGAUACCUCGCAUGUGUAUGAUCAGCAGGUGGUGACCGUCUUUGUGGCUCUUCACGACAUACCUGCAGAGCGAGGGCCCACGAAGAUGUAUCCAAGAAGCCACUUGGACGGCGAGCUGCACCUGGGACUGAAGGAGGUAGACGAGAGCUGCGCAGUCCUUUGCACAAUGGAAUGUGGAGAUUGUGUACUGAUGGACAGUCGGCUGCUCCACUGUGGGACUGCGAACAAGUCAGACUUGUCUCCUCCUCGAUCAGUUUGUGUCUGAAAAGGGAUCUUCCUUGGAAUAUUUCAGUGUUUGGCUCGUUGUUUUUUGUUUUUUUUCUAUUUCUGCUGGAGAGGCACAGAUUCCUGUUCUAUUCAUCCUGGAUGCCGCCUGCAAGAAGGUCUCGAGGUUCGACAAACACUCUCUUGCCUGAGUAUGAGGACCGGCUAAUCCUGGUUCAGGCUCACAGCUCCAGCAGUCUUCGCGGUGGGAGCCAGGAAGAAGUGACAUGAAUCUUUCGGGUUUUUGGCCAGGAAGAACUCCAGCUUCACACCCAGAUUUGCGGGGCGAUUGAGGGUAUUCUGUCAUCGGCCACUGGUGGUUUUGGGGGAAAAACGUUCCCAAAAAGGUCUGAGCCACCGCUAGCCGCUAGCGUCCCAGGAGCGGCUCUCACUCCGGCAAUGGCCCACAUGGACUUCGAUGGAUGUUUGAGGCCAAAGUGCCCCCCAGACUGGUGACUGUGAUGACGUGACUGGCCUCCCUGUGAAGAUCGCACGAGAAGGCCGAGAAGGAGCGG